AUGUUCGGCGUCAGUUCGCCACCGGCACCAACUACAGAGAUUCCAGUCCUCCGCGGUCAGGCACCCAGGGAACAAUUGUCCCAGGUACCGCAACCCUCGUCGGGUACUAUGAACACCUCGCAGCAAACUCGUAAAUGGCCCUCCUUUUCAAUGCGUCGGUCCGGUCGCCUCAGCUCCACUUCUUCCGCUCUUGUCGGCGUCGCUACUACACCUACUUCCACGCAUGGUCCUCGUAGUAGUGCUAGUGGUGGCGGGGCUAAAUCAUCAAAGCCUACCACACUCACCGGAGGAGGAGGCAUAGACGGUUUUGGGGGGAGUCUACUACGCUCCUUUUCGGCUGAAAGGCAUCGGGUGGUCAGUCCUACGCCUGCUUGUACCGUGGAUCCAGCUACACCGACUGAUGCAUCGGCAAGUAGCCCGCACAAGCCGUUCGUGGUGCGCUCCGCUAGCUCGCCCCAUCGAAAGGAGUCGGAUGAUGGGAGUAGACGUGUUCCAGGCCUAGCAGCUGAAACCCCAGCAACGCCCACUCCUAGCUUGAAAUGUUUAUUUUACCUUACACUGCAGUCGACAGGAUACGAUGCGCAUCGAAAUUCCGUGGGUUUUCAGAAGACUAAGAAGGUCUUCACCAACCUCUUCUUUGGCAAGCAUUCAAAGAAGUGCCGCAGUCCCGCCACUACUCCGACUUCUGGUGGACUUGGUGCGUUGCAGCACCCAAUACUGCCUCCUAUGGCCCCUUCUGUGCUGUCUCCCUCCGUCUCUCCUCAAUCGCGCAUUGAUUCGCUGCCUCCGCCUCACCCAACCGUCAGUACUACCACUCUGACCAACGCCACGGAUACCCUUUAG